AUGGUCCCGGCGCAUAAUCGCGAAUCCGAUCACGCAACACAAACCAAAGAAGCGAAGCACCAUGGGUACUUCACGACAGAGAAGCUGACAGAGACGGCCAACGCCCAGCAAAAGCCGAGCCACAACCGCGCCCUAGGAGAACGCCAACGCAGGACUGAUUUUGGCGUCGAGGGUGAGGUGCCUAGUGAAGAAGCCGUCGAUUCCGAUGGGAAAGAUCCAAUGGAGGUUAUGCUCGACCAGCGGCGUACGGGUCCAUUCUGGCGGCGAAAAGAUAAAUUGCGCCAUAUAUCCAUGGAUAAUGCCAAAUUUUAUGACUAA